AGUGUAGCUAAGCGUAUCACACUUGUCGCGUGUCUGAUUAAACUACCGCAGCAUUAUCGUGCGCCUUUGUUAUUGUCUUAAUCAAUUUGCGAGCCCAGUCAAACAGUGUGCCAUAUAUUCUAAUCAAAACGAUCUUGUACCACAAUCGAUUAAGCCAUGCGCGGCUUUUUUGUUUACUACUUGAAAAUACUCUGGGCUUUUUUGGUUAUUAACGAAUCGAUCGCCAGUGUCACAAAGCUCAGCCCAGAAAAUGUGUAUAAGAAGAUACUAUCGUUGCGCUCGUUGCCGUUCGAGGAUUGCGGCUCUCUGUAUAAUGUGAACUACCUGAACAUUGAAAGCUGCUCAAAGGUGCCCUGUUCUAUGACUCGCAAUUCCACUGUUAAGGUUACGGUGCUCUUCGAUGAUAAUGGUAAUGGCGUUUCGUUCUUGAAGCACGAGGUGCGUUGGGUUUUCACAUACUUGAAGACCAAGGCGGCCAUAUCUCCAGAUCCUUGCGAUGGCGAUCACAACUGCAUAUUGAAUGUAAAUGAGAGCAAAAGUUAUUGGGCCAAUAUCUAUGUGAAUCCAACAUUACCCGUGAUGCGGGGCAGUAUGCUAUGGGAGGCUAAAGAUGAAAACAAUAAAAAUCUCAUUUGCUUUGAGGUGCCCGUUGUGAUUACUGAAUGACAACAAACGCUUACACACACAUAGGCGUAGAUAUACCGUAU